UGGUUACAAUCCACAUUUUGGAUGAUUAGAUUUUGGACAUGCUUUUUAUCCAUUGCGCGAUAAGAGUUAUCAUGUGAAAAAUGGCAAAGAGACAUUGCAGCUAUUCUACGUGUUGCUUACUUCUGAAAUCAUGGAGAUAUCCGCCACCUGAUCGCACAGCAUAAGUUGUUUUGUUUCAUCAUAACUUGGACAUUUUUUACAGGUAAACUUUCAUAUUUAAUACUCUCGUGGACUAAGAGAAACAAACAGGAAUAUAGAAGCAAAGCCACCAGGACAGCUCUGAGUUUUGUGCUGGCAUGGCAGCAGAUCACAGCGAGCUGCUGGCCGAGAUGGCCACAGUCGGCCGUCUGAGUGCCACAGAACGCCUGAAGCACGCCCAGAAGCGUCGCGCUCAGCAGCUGAAGUCUUGGGCGCAGAUGGAGAAGGAUGCAGCACGAGGGUCAAGGGCCAAAGCAGAUAAGAAGAAGGCGCGCACCACCAAAAUUAAGUUCCCAGACGCCAUCACCUUGCUUGAUGCAGCUGCACGCAAUGACCUGGAGGAGGUGAGGGAGCUGCUUAACAGUGGCGUCAGCCCAGAUCUGGUCAAUGAGGAUGGACUGACGGCCCUACAUCAGUGCUGCAUUGAUGACUUUGUGGAGAUAGUGCAGUGCCUGCUGGAUGCUGGUGCCUGUGUGAACGCCUGUGACAGUGAGCUGUGGACACCGCUGCAUGCUGCUGCCACCUGUGGACACACAGGACUGGUGCAGCUCCUGAUCCAGGCUGGGGCUGACUUGCUGGCUGUUAAUGCGGAUGGCAACAUGCCCUAUGACCUCUGUGAGGAUGAGGCCACCCUUGAGCUGCUGGAGAUGGUUAUGGCUGAACAGGGGAUAACUCAGGACCGUAUAGAUGAAUGCCGCGGGGCUAAAGAGAUGGCCAUGCUGGCCGACAUACGGGCUCUGGUUGAGAGCGGAGCCGACGUAAACGCCCAGGACAAUAAUGGAACAACACUGCUCCAUAUAGCGUCCGCUAAUGGCUACAUAUCUGUGGCGGAACUGCUGCUAGAGCACAGGGCUCAGGUGGAGGUGAAGGACACUGAUGGCUGGACGCCGCUACAUGCCGCCUCCUGCUGGGGACAAAUCCAAAUGGUGGAGCUGCUGGUGGCCCACGGUGCCAGUUUAAACUCCAAGUCUGUCCUGGAGGAGACUCCUCUGGAUGUGUGUAUGGAUGAAGAGGUCAGAGCCAAACUGAUGGACCUGAAACACAAACACGACGCCAUCAUGAAGAGCCAGGACCGGCAGAAGGGCACGCUGCAAAGACGAGCCUCCAGUACAGGCAGCAGAGGUAAGGUGGUACGUCGUGUCAGUGUGAACGAGCGUUCCAGUCUGUACCGGCGGGAGCACCACAAAGAAGCCAUGGUGUGGCAGGAGCGCGGCCGACAGCCAGAGCCACAGGACGACGAUGAGGACAGACAAACGGACAAUGAGCUAAACCAGCAUGCCACCAUGGUCGCUGGUGGUGGAGCCACGUCACGUUUAGAGGAGCUGGAGGCUGCAGACAGGAAAAUUGUGUCCAGCGUAGGUAAUGGAGGGACCUCUGUUUCUCUGGCCUCCUCUGUACCUGGAGAGCUGUGGAGUGGUGGGGGUCGCAUGGAGCGCAGUGCCUCUUACCAGCUCAGCUCUGCAUCUGGAGCCGGGUUAGGGUCUGGGUCUGCAGAGGGCGAGGGGGCAGACAGUAUGACUCGGGAGAAAUCGCACCACACCCUGGCCGACCUGAAACGACAGCGGGCAGCUGCCAAGCUCAAUAAGUACCCAGCACCACCCCCUCCCCUGCCUCCUCCCUUAGAAGAGGAGGCUUCUGUUGCAGCCGCCGAGGCGACAACCACUCAGGCACAGCCAGAGCUCCAAAUCACCCCCAACACAGAGGAGGUUGCCUCCCCGAGCCAGGUGUACUUCACCCCAGCCAGUGGCGAUCCUCCGCUGCUGAAACUCCGAGCCCCUGAGGAGGACCAGUCCAACAAUAAGGAGCCGUGCUGUGGACUCAUGUAGACAGCCUGACACACACAUGCACUCACACACACAGACAUAUUGCCUACAGAGUAGAGACGCUGGGCAUGUUAACACUCCAAAGUGGCAAAAACCUUUCAAAACACACAUGCUUUAAAUCACUGAAGACUGUAACUUAGGGCCACAUGCCAAUGAGGGUUUGAGCUACAUUGCAUUUCUAUUUAAUCCUAAACCUUUUCUGAUCAACAUGAUAAACACUUCACACUAAAGGUCCUAGCACUCCCUGUUGCUUCUUCUUAUUUAAAAGCAGCAUUUGGUGUCCAUUCAGUGACUCAGAGGAGUCACAAGGAAAUAUUUACUCAGUAUCCAUGUAAAGCUGAAUGAAAUUGAACUGAGAGCUCAGUAUGAUUUGUUUUGAAUGAUGAAUGAGGUUAAAGUUGUUUUCUUUACUGAGUGCAAUGAAGGGUACAUGAUCAACGUUUGCAUAAAUUUACAUUAUACGCAAGUUAUUUUUUGUGGUUGGGAGAUUGCUUGGUCAUGAUAGUUUUAGUACAUAGUAUAGCUAUUCUGAAUUUACUUUUACACAAGUGUAAACAAGGACUGUUUCCUUGCUUGAUUUUUUUUUCAUGGACUGAAAAAAUAUGGAAAUAUCUAACUUUUCCAGCGCACAAAAAGCCUACAUUUCAAUAGUUCAGUGCUCCAAUUUGUAAAUUGUUUGUAAAAGAAUCAGAGCUAAUCUAUAUUUAAAUCAGUGGAUAAUUUACUCAGCCCAUUAUUAUCACUUCUAGUUUUUUAUUUUUCUGUCAGUAUUUCUAUUUUUCUACUCUGAAUGGAAUCACAUUAUUUAUUCUGUCUGAUACUGAAUAUGGCUUACAUUGUACACUUCUUGUACAUUUUUUUUAAAGAUGAAAGUGUGAAGGCAAGAUAUUUAUCAGAGAUGAUAUAUCGUUUUAUUGUCAAACCAAGUAAACUUGUCAUAUGAUUAUUUGUCAAAGGUUGGUGCCUUCUUUAGGUGGCAGAUUUGAUGUAGGUUUGCAUUGCUUGCACAAAGUCCCACAUCUCAAUUUGAAGAGCAGUGGGAUCAAAUGAUCUAUCAGACAUGGACUCCAACUUGAUGUGCAAUCAGUGCACUCUAAUUUCUGUAUUGCAUUUCAGUUUU